CUCUUUCCCUAUUGGUGUGGCAUCCAGUGUGGACAGCCUGGCCAGACUUCCUGCACCCCCUCACAUCUUUCCCUAUAGGUGUGGCAUGCAGUGUGGACAGCCUGGCCAGACUUCCUGCACCCCCUCACAUCUUUCCCUAUAGGUGUGGCAUCCAGUGUGGACAGCCUGGCCAGACUUCCUGCACCCCCUCACAUCUUUCCCUAUAGGUGUGGCAUCCAGUGUGGACAGCCUGGCCAGACUUCCUGCACCCCCUCACAUCUUUCCCUAUAGGUGUGGCAUGCAGUGUGGACAGCCUGGCCAGACUUCCUGCACCCCCUCACAUCUUUCCCUAUAGGUGUGGCAUCCAGUGUGGACAGCCUGGCCAGACUUCCUGCACCCCCUCACAUCUUUCCCUAUAGGUGUGGCAUCCAGUGUGGACAGCCUGGCCAGACUUCCUGCACCCCCUCACAUCUUUCCCUAUAGGUGUGGCAUGCAGUGUGGACAGCCUGGCCAGACUUCCUGCACCCCCUCACAUCUUUCCCUAUAGGUGUGGCAUCCAGUGUGGACAGCCUGGCCAGACUUCCUGCACCCCCUCACAUCUUUCCCUAUAGGUGUGGCAUCCAGUGUGGACAGCCUGGCCAGACUUCCUGCACCCCCUCACAUCUUUCCCUAUAGGUGUGGCAUCCAGUGUGGACAGCCUGGCCAGACUUCCUGCACCCCUUGGCCACCCACUACUGGGGCCGACAGCUGCUGCACUUCCACAACACACUGCCCUCUGACGGAGCCUGGACCUUGGCGAUGACAUUUACCAUCUGGCGAGGGAGCAGCCGUGGGUGGUGGCAGCAACUCAUCGAGCGGCGUGGAGGAGGGAGCCGCCAGGGUGGACCACGCCUACAGCCUGCACGUCACCGCCCGCCAUGCACUAAGGGCUGUGGGCGUGCAUGACCGCCAACCAAAGACUCAGCCCAGAGGAAGAGCCAGGCCAGCACCACCACAGGGACAGAGGACGAUGAGGAGAGUGUUCCAACGCUGCUCCAACUCAAGGUUCAUAGGCCACACGCUGAGCCCUGCCAAGAUGUCCUGCCAGGUGGUCGGCCUCCACCCCUACACCUCCCACUGGUUCCUCCUGCUGCCCCACUACAAGGAUGUGCCAAGUAUGCCCUCCAGCCUGCAGUCCUUGGAUGAAACCCUCCACACUCUGACCUGUGUGUUGGCCCGCCAUGUGUACGCCCUCGGCCUCAGCAGUCUGCCGCUGGAGCGCGUCGGUGAACGGCGACUCGUCAGGAGGGGCUUCACCAAGCGCUCCGGCCUGGAUCAAUCACCUAAGAUGGAAUCCCUGGGUCUGCCUGGGUCCCUGUUGCCGCUGUGGUCACUCUCUCCGCCCCUGCCCGUGCUGCAGCCCUCAGCCCCGACCUCACCCUCAUGA